CCCUCCCCGAAACCGAACCCCCCUCUCCCCCCUUCCCUUUUAAGACAAGAAGACCGACCGCGCGGGUUCUGGCCGCUACAGCCGCCCACCCCGCCCACCCCGCCGCCACGGACGACGUUGGAACUUACACGCAAAGACCGGCGUCAUGUUGUGCCGGAAGCUUCUGUUCCUGGCGCUCAUAGGCCUCACUGUUGCAGCACCCGAUAAGCCUCUCAGGAACAAUGGAGACCAUUCAUCUGAAGAUAACAUUUUCCUCAUUUCUAGCAACUCUCGUGCACGCUCCCAUGGUGGCCGCCCUGGGUUUACUGUAAGAAAUGGUGGCAGACUCCCAGUCUUUUCAGGACAUGCUAAGCCACGAAUUAGAAUCUCAGUCAAGCCUCCAGCUGGGAUAAUUGACACAAGUGCUGUUAGGUCCUCAGCAGCACUUGGAGGCAGUGGUUUGAGGACCUCAGCAGCUUUUGGUGGUAGUGGCAUUAGGUCCUCAGGAGCAGUUAGAGGUAGUGCUGUAAAAUCAGCAGCUGGAGCUGGCUUCCAAGGAUACUUUUACCCAGUCCCAGAGAAUCCCCUCCUUAUAGAUGGGUCUGCAGCAAAGCCAGCUUCAACACCAUCUCUACCAAACCAAGUGCCUUCACAAUCCUAUGGCACUCCAUCCCCAUCACACUCUGCUUCUACCAAUGGAAAGAAUGAUGUCGAUUUAUCCAGUGCAGUCCCAUUAAGUGCUGAUGAGGCUUCCUCGGGAUCUCUCGGGAAAGCUAUUGCCCAGAUACUGUCCAAGCUGACAGGUGGCACAGUCCAAUCAAUCAGUGGCAGUUCUGGGUAUGAGCCUCCAUCUGGCCCAGUUGGUAAUGUUAACUUCUUCACAGCCUCAGGCCCAAAGCAAGUGAAUGCUGGCUCCAGUCCUACUAAAAGACCAGUCAUCUUACAACCAAAAGUUGAAACUCAUGCUUUUAUUGCUGUAUCACCUUCUGCAACAAAACGACCCAGUACAAAAUAUAGUGCACCAACUGCAGGACAUGCUGUUGCAUCACAGCCAAUCGCCCCUGCACCAGCUCCUAGUACAGGCUAUGGAACACCAUCGGCAGGACAGGCUGUUGCUUCACAGCCAAUCGCCCCUGCACCAGCUCCUAGUACUGGCUAUGGAACACCAUCGGUAGGACAGGCUGUUGCUUCACAGCCAAUUGCCCCUGCACCAGCUCCUAGUACAGGCUAUGGAACACCAUCGGCAGGACAGGCUGUUGCUUCACAGCCAAUCGCCCCUGCACCAGCUCCAAGUACAGGCUAUGGAACACCAUCGGCAGGACACGCUGUUGCUUCACAGCCAAUUGCCCCUGCACCAGCUCCUAGUACAGGCUAUGGAACACCACUGGCAGGACAUGCUGUUGCUUCACAGCCUACUGCUCCAGUGCCUUUACCACAACAGCCCAGCACAGAAUAUGGUACACCAGUGGGUGGUCAUGCUGUUGCUUCACAGCCUGCUACACCUGUACCUACUCCACAGCAACCCAGCAGUGGCCAAGCUUUUGCAUCACAGCCUGCACCUGCUCCUAGCACAGAAUAUGGUACACCAGUUGGUGGGCAAGCUGUUGCCUCACAGCCUUUUGCUCCAGCCCCACAUCCAUCUACUUUGUAUGGUGUCCCUGUAGCACCACACUCAACACCUGUUCGCUUUGAUGUCCAAACAGGUGGUUCUGCAGUUGCUAGUCCUUCCCAAGCAGGCCUGCCUAUUCCAACUCAUAGCCCUUCUCCUGCCCCCACUACCUUUGCUGCUGCCCAUGGUGCCCAAAGUGAUCCACCUCCUCCAACACCACCUUUCCAGGAACAGCCUAGGCCUGCUGCCCAAGCACCUACUCAAGCUGGCCCGCCUUUCAUCCCAACAGCUCCUUCUUUCACUACUCCUCCCCCAACGUUCUUUACAUCUGCCCAAACAUUUGCCCCUGCUUCACAAACAUUCACUACACCAGCUCCAGCUGCUGCUCCCAAUGCUAUAACGUUUACAACCCCUGCCCCGACAUUUACCUCUGCUCCCCCAGCAGUCAGUCUUGCUGAUACAACUCCUGCUUUUGAAUUCCACACUCAACGAUUUGAAUUUGGAUCCCCAAUACCUGCAGAUGCAGGAGUAACAGGAGUAUCACAUGGCACCUCUGGCUUCCAAGGUGUUUCAACACCAAGCCCCUUCCCAUCUAUCACUGUCCGAGGUGAGACAGGACUUGGUAGCGCUCAAUCACAGAUUCCUGCUUUUGAUAAUACACAGAGUGCUGUUGGAUUUAGUACUCCUCAAACUCUAGUUGAUUUUAGUGCUCCGUCAGCUACAAGUGGCAUUGGCGCUCCUCAACCUGCUGCUGGAUUUGCAGCUCCUCAACCUGCUGGUUUUGGUGCUCCUCAAGUUGCAAUUGAUUCAGGUGCUCCUCAAGCAGCAGCUGGUUUUGGUGCCCCUCAGGCAGCAGCUGGUUUUGGUGCUCCUCAAGCAGCAGCUGGUUUUGGUGCUCCUCAGGCAGCAGCUGGUUUUGGUGCUCCUCAGGCAGCAGCUGGUUUUGGUGCUCCUCAGGCAGCAGCUGGUUUUGGUGCCCCUCAGGCAGCAGCUGGUUUUAGUGCCCCUCAGGCAGCAGCUGGUUUUGGUGCUCCUCAAGCAGCAGCUGGUUUUGGUGCCCCUCAAGCAGCAGCUGGCUUUGGUGCUCCUCAGAUUGUUGCUAACUUUGGGGCCACUUCAAGUGCCUUAGGUACACCUCAAGUUGUUGCUAACUUUGGUGCUCUUAGAGAUGAUUUAGGUCAAGUGCAAACUAGUUUUGGCAACAACCUAGGAGUUGCGAAUUUCGGAAAUACUCAAGGUGUCACAAAUUUUGCCUUCCCUAGCUCUGGAGCUUCUCAGGCAACCGCUGGUUUUGGAGCUCCUGUAGAUGCAGCUGUUUUGGGGGCUCCUGAGGUUGCAGGUGACUUUGGUGCUCCUCCCGGUGCAGUUGGCUUUGGUAUUCCUCAAGACACAGUUGGCUUUGGUGCCUCUCAAGAUGCAGCUGGCUUUGGUGCUCCUCAAGAUGCAGCUGGCUUUGGUGCUCCUCAAGAUGCAGCUGGCUUUGGUGCUCCUCAAGAUGCAGCUGGCUUUGGUGCUCCUCAAGAUGCAGCUGGCUUUGGUGCUCCUCAAGAUGCAGCUGGCUUUGGUGCUCCUCAAAAUACAGUUGCUUGGGCUCUCAAUGCGCUGGUGCUCAAGAUGCAGCUGGCUUUGGUGCUCCUCAAAAUGCAGCUGGCUUUGGUGCACCUCAAGAUGCAGCUGGCUUUGGUGCUCCUCAAGAUGCAGCUGGCUUUGGUGCUCCUCAAGAUGCAGUUGGCUUUGGUGCUCCUCAAGAUGCAGCUGGCUUUGGUUGCAGUAGGUUUUGAUGUCCCUCAGGAUGCAACAGGCUUUGAUCCCUCCCAGGGUGCAGUUGGCUUUGGUGCACCUCAGGGUGCAGUUGGCUUUGGUGCACCCCUGGGUGCAGUUGGCUUUAGUGCACCCCAGGGUGCAGUUGGCUUUGGUGCACCCCAGGGUGCAGUUGGCUUUGGUGCACCCCAGGGUGCAGUUGGCUUUGGUGCACCCCAGGGUGCAGUUGGCUUUGGUGCACCCCAGGGUGCAGUUGGCUUUGGUGCACCCCAGGGUGCAGUUGGCUUUGGUGCACCCCAGGGUGCAGUUGGCUUUGGUGCACCCCAGGGUGCAGUUGGCUUUGGUGCACCCCUGGGUGCAAUAGGUUUUGGUGUUCCUCAGGAUGUAGCUGCUUUUGGUGCCCCUCAGGAUGCACUUGGCUCUGGUGCCCCUCAGGGUACAGUUGACAGCAGAACUUCUCUAGAUGCCUCUAACUUUGCUGUUCCUCAAGCUGCAUUUGGUUUAGAUAAUCAAGGCGGUAAUGCUUUUGGUGUUUCUAAUGUUGGUUUACCAAUUCAACCUGGCACUCCUUCAGGUGUUGGUGUGCCCUUAGCCAUCAUCAACCCACAAGGCAAUUUUAAUCCUGUGGGAAUAGCAGGGGCAGAUUUUGGACCCGCCAUCAACACUGGAGUAAAUUUUGGACCCCCCCUCAACACUGGACCAAACUUUGGUUUCGACAUUAGUGCAAUUCCCUUUACCCCUGAAGAACAAGAGGAGCUACUUGCUGCAGCAGGAAUCGGAACACCAGCAUUUGGUAACUUCAAUUUUCAAGUGAAGCGUGAUACAGCCAAAGAAGCUUGGGUCAAGUUCAUUGUCUACCUUUAUCUCUUCUGUCAUUUCCUAGUCUUUAUAAAGAUAAUGUUCAUGAUGUUAACUUUUAGUAUUAUGUCCAUGGCCCAGCAUCAAAAUAUCUGUCUUGCUGUACCUUUGCUUCUGUGUUACAUAUGUGUUCGUAUCUGGGGGAAACUGCUCUCGAAGGGGAAAAUCGUAGCAAUUGCGUCCCUGAUUGCUUUAGGGGAACGCAAUAAGGAAAUGUCCCCUCUGACCAGAGUUGUACAUGGAACAGUCCUGCAAUGGACUAGGGAGAUCACAGACGCUGGAGGUGAGAAUCCACCCCAUCACAAAUCUCGCUCUGUGAGUCCCCUAAACAACUUCCAGGACUCUCAAACUGAUCUCGCGUCAAGUAGAGGCUGA